CUGUGUCGUUAGAAGGGGGUCAGUUCAUGCCGAGGUUCACCCUGAGGCGCUUAAGCAACCAGCCAUUGCCUGCAAACCUCAAAAGUUUGUCUCACAGCCUCAGAUGGAGCCCAGGGAAGCCGCUGGGAAGGAAACCAUGGGAAGCAAGAGAAAGAACCUGACCUUCUUGAGACCCAGGCUAUACAUGCUGGAGAGAAGGAAGACAGAUACUGUGGUGGACAGCAGUGUUCCUGGAGACCACUCUGGCACCUUGAGGAGGAGCCAGUCUGACAGGACCGAAUACAACCAGAAACUGCAAGAAAAGAUGACUCCACAGACUGAGCGCUCCUCCACUGAGACCCCCACCCCUGAGGAAGAGCAACAGCUGAGAAAGAUGAUGGCAAAGCGGGCCAAAAUCAUCAGGGAGCUGAUACAGACUGAGAGGGAUUACGUCACGGAUCUGGAGCUGUGUGUCAGAGAAGUGGUCCAGCCGCUGAGAAACAAACAGGUUGACAGGCUGGACGUGGAAGGCUUGUUUAGCAACAUUGAAUCCGUCCACCAGAUAUCUGCCAAGCUACUGUCCUUGUUGGAAGAGGCCACAACAGACGUGGAACCGGCCAUGCAAGUAAUCGGAGAGGUAUUCUUGCAGAUCAAAGGACCACUGGAGGAUGUUUAUAAAAUCUACUGCUACCAUCACGAUGAGGCCCACAGUGUACUGGAGUCCUACGAAAAGGAAGAAGAGCUGAAGCAACAUUUGAACCACUGUAUCCAGUCCUUAAAGAAUAUAUAUAUGCAAGAAGGCAAACCAAACUUGCUGGACAUGGGCUCUUUGAUGAUCAAACCUAUUCAGCGCGUGAUGAAAUACCCCCUGUUACUUUGUGAACUUCGGAACUCAACACCUCCCUCCCACCCUGACUACAGAGCCCUGGAGGAAGCCUUCGCUGCUGUCAAGGACAUUAACGUUAACAUCAAUGAGCUGAAAAGAAGGAAAGACCUAGUUCUGAAAUAUAAGAAGAAUGACGAGGACGAAUCACUCAAAGACAAACUAUCUAAACUGAAUAUUCAUUCAAUCAGCAAGAAGUCAAAAAGAGUCACAAAUCAUCUCAAGAUCCUGACCAGAGGAGAGUCACAGGUGAAAGACAACACCUUUAACAGGGAAGAAAAGCUUUUUAGGUCACUAGAGAAGACUCUGAGGCUUUGUGUGAAGCACAUCUCUUCCUGCCUUCAGCACAUAGAGCAGGCCAUGCCCUUCCCUCCGCAGAGUGUGGCAGAACUCCGUGAGAUCUCAUACAAGGAUGGAGAGACGAACUGCGGGGAACCCCAAAACCACGCUUCCAAUCCCUGCCAAGACUUUGUAGCUCGCUCUCAGAGACUCAUCUUGAGCCCCCUGUCAGCCUUGCUGUCCUUAUUCCCAGGGCCUCAGAAGCUCAUCCAAAAGCGCUAUGACAAACUACUUGACUGCAAUAGCUCCCUGCCGCGGUCAGCAGCCGACGAAUCAGACUUGGCCAAAAGAGAGUAUGAGGCCCUCAAUGCCCAGCUUGUGGAAGAGCUCCAGGCGUUCAACCAGGCCGCCAGGAAGAUCCUGUUGAACUGCCUGUGUAGCUUCAUCACCCUCCUCCGGGACUUGAUGCUGGUGGCUCUGCAGGCUUAUUCCACAGUCAAGCCGGUGCCCCUGCCGGUCUUGAGCAUCUCUGAGAUUCAAAAUCGAGUGCUAGAAGAGGUUCAAAACCUGAGUUUUGUAAAGGACAACAGUGCCACCUUCAUUGAGAGGAAACUUAGCUUUGAAAAGAAGAAAACUGCUCAGAGUCUGCCAGAAGUGCCACAUCAAACUGACGAUCACCGCUCCAAACUUUUGUCCACAUACGGAGCAGAGGAACUCUACCGAGCUAAACGCAAGUGCAAUGCCACCCAGGAGCACGACAUCAAUCUUCUAGAAGGAGAGUUGGUAGCCGUCCUGGAACAGAAGGAUCCCCUGGGGAGUACAAGCAGGUGGUUUGUUGACACAGGAUUUGUGAAAGGCUACGUGUAUUCCUCCUUCCUAAAGCCCUACAACCCAGCGAAGGAGCAGAAGGUGGAUGGUGAGAACAGAUUCGGCGACGACGAUUUCGAGAACCUCAGCCUCUUUGUGUCUUGCCGGCCAGCUAGUGACAGCGUCACGGGUACUCCUGAAGGCAGCAUAAGCGGCAGCAGUUCGUCUCUUAGUGGCACUUGUGGGAAGUCUGAAACAAACGGUGCCGAUGUUGAUCACUUUCAAGAGGUAGACGAACAGAUUUUCUAUGCAGUCCAUGCUUUCCAAGCACGAAGUGACCAUGAACUCAGCCUCCAGGAGUACCAGAGAGUCCACAUACUGAGGUUCUGUGACCUAAGUGGGAACAGAGAGUGGUGGUUAGCUGAAGCCCAAGGACAGAAAGGCUACGUGCCAGCUAACUACCUUGGGAAGAUGACAUAUGCUUAAGAAAAUAAGCAUAAAAUGACAUCAUUUCCUGACUACCUCAUGAAACAGACACUGAAACUGCAGACCAGAAGCAGUGCAUCAUAUUUUAAGAAAAAUCUUGCUUUUUAAUAAGAUGAUUUUGUUGAUGUAUUAAAAAAUAGUUGUUGAUAGAGAUAUUACCAACAGAAACAGCAGAGAGUAAACAGCCUAGACUCCAACUACAUAUUUAAAGGUAAAGAUCUUUCUAAAAGAUAUAUUUUGUUUAUCAACACCAAGGAGUGAAAGAAUAAGGUUUUCACUUUAUUGUAAUAUUUUUACUGUACUUUGCCUUAAGCAUAUUUUUUACAUCUUAUUUGCACACACAUGCUAUAUACAUAUAAUAUAUAUUUUGCAGCUUAUACAUGAUGAGUAUAAUCUAGAUUAUACAUAUCUGUAUAAAUCACAGCAUAAUUACACAUAAAAAUAAUUAACAGCUAAUUAGAAGUCUUUCCACUUUUAAUGCAUUUUUAAUCAAAAGGGAAACAAAAUAUUGAUAAUAUCCAAAAUUUACUAAAAGUAUACUACAUGGUAGACAUUGCUUUAGAUUAUUUAUAUAGAAUAAUUUAAUGCAACGUAAAGAAUCAACAUUGCUUGCAAGUGGUAGAGGUGUAUCAAACAUAGGCAGCAUGGUUUCAAGGUCUCUGUUCCUAAUGACUACAUCAUACACUCUUUGAAUGCAAAUCAGCAAUGUAAAUAAUGAACCUGGAGGAAAUCAUUCUCAGAUCCACAUUUCAAUAUUUAACAGCUUUUCAAAAUGAAGAGCUUCCAAAGACUUCUAUACAAGCCUGGGAGGGAAAAAAUGAAGUAUCCAGAUUUAUUAUUUGUACUUUUAUUGUUGUGUUUAAGCAUGUUUGAAAUUGUCUUAAAGCUGCUGUAUAUGAUUACUGAUGAAACUUUAAUGAGGAAAUGUUUUCUUUAACGAUUUGGAGAUGCAUGGGGAAUGUGUGUUCCACUUCAGAGACAAAAUGUAAAUGCUUUAGUGGCCAGUUUGUGCUCACACAAGGCACUGAGGAUUGGACUAGCUAUAACCCCUUGCUCAGGGCAUUGUGCUUUAACUUGGGUACCACUCAGAGAACUGGCCUCCAAAAUUUCAGGCUUAUUCAUUCAGUCAAGGCAUGUGAUUGGAUGAAAAUAGAUAAAGUAGAACAGACACAGAGAUGACAUGAGCCAGGGAGAGUGUUCAGAAGUAGAGGAAGAAAAUGAAAAUAAUUGAAUGAAACAACUCUAUAGAGGAAGUUUUAUGAAGACCCAAAUGUCCGGCAUGCAUCUACUUGGUCAGCAUUACUGAAUAGCUGCUGUCUCCCAGGCAUUCUGGUCGAUUUGAAGGCUUUAGCACAGUUCAAAUCAACUCAGUGCCUUGCCAUGCAAAGUUUACAGUCCAAAGAGGACAGUCCUAUUUCUAGAACUAACACCGUGAUGAGUACUGGCAAUAAACAGUGUGUUUAGAGGAUCAUGUAACAGUGAUCUUCGUAAUUUUGAUUUUAGUGGUUACUCAUAAUUAUGUAGAUUUUAAUUGCCCAUAAGAUUUCUAAUGACAUAUUUUAAGAUUUCUUACUUUGAGAGAUUAGAUCCAAUUUUCUGUACAUAUAUUACUUUGCAUUUAUUACUGCAAUAUCUAUGACAAAAUAAAGAUUUCUACUGUAGCUGACUAAAUGUCAUACCCUCUUCCCUUAUAUGAAGGAAAGUUUGUACUACUACUGAAUUCUUGAAAACAGAUUUAUAAAAUUUUCCUAACAUGGCUUUUGCACAAACUGCUUUCUUUUUUUUUAAGUAGGAUAACAAAAGAUUUCUAAAAGAUAUUAGAGACUUUAAGAUUUUCUUUUAAUUGCCCUUGAAUUCAUCUUUAAAAUACAAAUUCAUUUGCCUAAGGUUAAACAAAAACUGAAGUUGCUACAUAAGGAUCUUAUGGCAAUGUUCAAAGAUGCAUAAUUUACAUACUGCAGCGUGUACCUGCACACCUGUACGUAGCAUUGAGCUUCAGUGUUUCACACAAAAAUAAUUCUAUCAAUAGCACAAAUUAUAUCAAUAGCACAGAUUUCUGGCUGAAAUAAGUGAUUACAUGAAGGGGCAACUUUGUCUACUGGUGUGGGCCUAGGCAUGAUGCAUCCCGUCUGACUGUUGAAAAAUCCACACCAGGACAAUCAAUACUUCAGUUAGCUCCAGAGAAAGAACCGUUAUGAAGCCAGUGAUUGCAACUUUCCAAUCAUGAUGAGCACGUUACUACAAAUGAGCUCUGAAAAACUACAUAACACCUUCAUUUUCUUCUUACUUUCUUUAAAAUCAAUAGACAUUAAGACAUAAGGACAUGGACAUAGAAGGACUUCCCACACCAAUAAAUUAUAAUUUUAAAAUUAUACAUCCUUCUACUAGGCCUCAAAAAAAAGUUUUCAAGAUAGCUUAAAGGAUGUUUAUAUUUAAGCAGGUCAAAAGAUUGGUUGCAUCAGUAUAAUUGCAACUAGGCAAGCUAAUGCAUUUUGUUAUAUUACUCUUUAAAUUAAUAUUGUACAGAAUAGGAUCCUCUGAAGUGGGCGAUUAAUUUUGCCAAAAUGAAGAGGAAGCUUUUGUAGCUAUUUUUGUUUUUAAAAUAAAUAAAAAUAUAUGCAUCUUAUUUACAUUUCAUUUUGAAAUGUACAUGUUCAAAACUACUAGUAUAUGGAAUAAAGUGUAGAGUAUAAAAUACACAUCUAGUAAUCUAAAAUUGUCAUUUUGUGGAAUCAUGAAGAAGUCACACAGCUACUACUGGAACAUUCUUUAUAUUCCAGAAAAAUAUCUUGAAUUUGAAAGGUGGGUAGAGCAAUGUGUGACAGAUGUUAAACAUUCAAUCCUUCCAAAAUAAUUCAGAUUUUGUGUAAUUGCUUUUUAAAUGCCUGAUGCUAUUUGGAAUGAACAUAGUUUGGGUGAUUUACAAAACUGAGUGUUUCAACUACUGAAUCAUAGAAUUAAAAAUUCUUGGAUUUUCUCGUCCACUUCUUAGACUUUUUUCUACCAUGUUAACCUCACACAGCUGUAUGAAGAGAGAAAAUCUUAAGACAUGAAACCCUCUAAGUCGUUUGCAGUAACUUCCUAAUAUAUUAGGAAGUAUAGCUUCCUAUUACACCCACUGCAUUGCUAACUAGUGACCUCACAUUCAACAUUCAGACCUCACAAAACUCAGGCUGAACAAACUUAGACAUUUACAUCGUGGUCACGAAGAUGUGACUACAGUUCACUGGCUAGACAGACACUGGACUUGAAAUUCUGUAGGAAAAGAUCCUGUUAAGAGGAUGCAACUCUAACGUCUAAUUUUGGGGCUACUUCCCUCUCUCUAUACACAGAGAUGUAAAAACGCAUCGCUAACUUUUUUUUGUUUUUGGUUUUGGUUUUUCGAGACAGGGUUUCUCUGUGGCUUUGGAGCCUGUCCUGGGACUAGUUCUGUAGAUCAGGCUGGUCUCGAACUCACAGAGAUCCACCUGCCUCUGCCUCCCAAGUGCUGGGAUUAAAGGCGUGCGCCACCAACGCCCGGCGCAUCACUAACUUUUAUGUGAUCUACAAAGCUACCUUUCCUCAGGGCUCCUGGAGCUCACUGAGAUGUCUUAGGCAUUACUGUUAGAGGCAGGUAAAUCUGAGUGUUUUGAAAAGUAACUCACCACUUUAGAAAAAGACUAGAAUUGAGAUAUUCUUGCUCAUAAAUCCUGAGACUACAGUUUUACUAAAUAAGUUUUGUUUUGCUUAAACCUCCACUAAGGCAUCUGAAUGUAUCCAUCACCUUUUUUAACUUCUUGUGAUAUUUAUGAUGAUUGUACCGAUGAAAUUUCAGUUUGUUAUUAAGUGAUGUUUCCUGUGAAACCCGUGAUCAUAACAAUUUAUAGUUUGUACCUAAUAAAACUGCUACCACACCCUUGUUAAGAACUGGAACCAAUUUUUAAAUACAGAUGUGCUUUAAUUUAUAGUGGAGUGAUAUCCUGAUACACUCACCAUGGGUUUAAAAUAUCCUGACCUACUGACAAAUCAUGAGAGUUCUGCAAGUCAUCACCACAUAGAGAGCACCAGUUGCUUGCUGGCAUGAUUACAUGAAGUACUGCAAGCUACAAUCUGCUCAGAAAUGGAAGAGUAUUAUACAGUAUCUGACUAGCCCAGGAAGAUAAUGCAGAUCCUAAUAAAUGUAUAUUACUUUGGCACUACUGAAAAAACAAAGCAUUAUAAACCAGGGGCCGUUUGUAUUAGUGUCUUCCAUUUUAUCUCAUCUGAACUAUGUCUUAUAAAGUAGCAAACCUGAGCAGGUUGGGUGGUGGUGGCACAUGCCUUUAAUUCCAGCACUCAAGAGACAGAGGCCAGCCUGGUCUACAAACUGAGUUUCAAGGCAGCACCGAGAAACUCCACCUCAAAAAGUAAGCCAACAAACAAAAUCAGCAAAGUAAGAAAUGAACACAAAAGGGUUCAAGUCAUUUCAUCUUGAGACUAUUAUUUUUUCAGCGCCAUUUCUUUAAGUCACUAAAUUCUACGGUCAAUCUCACAAAGUACAACAUGAAGACCAUAAAAAGGAUGCUGCCUGAAAGGCAGUUUGCAUCAAUCCUAAAAACUUACAAGAACAUUGAUCUUAUGGUUUGAAUGUGCAAUGUUCCCCAUUAGCUCAUGUAUUUGAUCAUUCUGUUGCUACCUGGAGAUGCUUUUGGGGAAGUUAUGGGAUCUAUAGGAAGUUGAGAUUCCCAGGAGGAAACAAAUCACUGGGAGAGGGCUUUGAGGUUUUGUAGACUCGCUCUACUUCCUGUUCCUGUUUCCUGUCUGCCCAGACAACCUGAUCAACUGGCCUCACGCUUCUGUGCCAUGCCUUCAGCAUCAAAAUAGACUCUACCCAUUGGAGACUGAGCCAAAAUAAGCCCUUUUUCCCUUAUGUUGCUUCUGUCAGAUACUUACCACAACAGAAAGCUAGGACAUCUACUCACUUGUCCACUCAUUCACUGAGCCAACAGACAGAUUUCAAUUUCAGGGCUAGUCAAGAGAAAACAAGCUUUCCCUUCACAUAACCUGAGUGCAAGAAACACUUGUUUUGUUAUACAUAAUAAAAUAAAAACACACUAUUGCAACUCUCAUAACUGCUUCUUGUGGCAUACUUUGCCAUGAGAAAAAAAAUAAAGGCCUAAGAGCUAUUUGAGAUAAAAAUCUAACAUUAAAUAUAUCUCUUAAAAAUUAUCAAAAUGAGUUUGGCCCCUUACUUUACACACACACACAUUACAUAUACAAAAAAAAUCAUAUUGACUGAGAGAUAAUUUACUUUGUAAAUUCAUUAAAAUUUCCAAGAAAUGAUGCAAAAAUCAAAAGUUGUUUCUCUCAACUCCAGCACACUUUCUGGGAUGGGGUAAAAAUUUUCACUUCAAAUACUAAUAAGUAAACUGUAUUAAGCAUUAUUUCCCUGUUUUCAAGAUAGUGACUGUAAUAGCUUUUGACACAUCAUUUUGUGAAGUCAAAAUUGCACUUGAAUUAUAAACAACAAACAAUUCUGAACUCCCUAUAAAGAGGAUUUGGAGUUUAUACCAAAACAAUUCUUAUCAACAGAAAGAUGUUUCUCAAAACAAAAACAUUUACAGGCAGAUUUUUUUAAAGCAUGUCCAAGAUAUUUAUUCCAUCUCUAAAAAAUGGGUUUAUUUCAGUACUGGGGUCUAAAUUAUGAAUAAAUUAAUGCGAAUAUUUAACAGAGUAGUUUAAAAACCUUUCCACAGGAAAAAGACAAAACUUAAGUUUUAACUUUACAUAUUUACCAAUUUAUUUUAGACUAAUGAUGUUAGGAAACCUAGGGAUAAAGGAAAAUGCUUUGAGAUUAGAUUUUGUAGCACACAUCUAGGGUGAUAAGACAAUUCAAUUCAGUAACUAUAGGAAACUAUAGGAUUCGGUUUCGGGAAAGGAUGAGGUGUUUGCUGAUUGUAAAAAGGAUGCAGCAUUCUUCUGUAAUACACUGACCUGACACUGAAAGCAUCCUGUUCUUUGUUGGGAUAUAUACGUGAACUGAUGGCCGACUAACUCAUUAGCUUUCCAGGCAAUGACUUGGAUCACCUCAUCCAGGAUGACGUUAUGGCUAGAGUUCACAGGAGAGAGAGAGGGAGAGAGCUCCCCAUAAGGCAGAGAACUGAAUAUUAUAAAACACUAGAUUGAGUAAUCCCUGUCACUCAUAAAGUACCUUAUUUUAGAGAUUUAAAUCUUGGA